AAAAAAAUAAACCUCUCCCUCUGCCCCGAACCGCUCCAAAGUUCCAAUCUCAGACUGAACCCCUCUUUGUCUGUCUGUCUUUGUCGUCCGGCAAGUAAAGAAGCUAUCUGUUGCCGACGCCGCAAUUCACCAGCUUCAAGUGCUCCCCUUCGCCGAGCCUCUGCCCCACUCGCCGCUCACCUCUUCGACUUCGCUUCUCCUGCCUCCCUCAACCUCAAACGAGAUAAUGGUUAACAUGUUAGGAUUGUUGGAGAUUAAUGUUGUUGAGUGAAGAUGAACUCGGCUCAAAUUAAUGUCUUCCAGAGGCCCACGUUUUAUCUUGUGGGUUUCUCUGCAUCUCAUGUCCGAGUCUUAACGCCCAAUCAUUUACGUUUCCAUGGUGUGCAAUUUCCCUGGAAUUCAUUGAAGCUAAGCUCCUCUGCUGCCCCACGUGGCUUAAAUUGCACGCCUCUCUUGAAGCCCCGUCGUUCUGUACCUGUCUGCUUAUCAAACACUGGAGCUGGAGGUGACAAUGAGGGUUCUCCUCCAUGGAAAGCUUUUGAAAAAGUGGUGGGAAAUUUUACCAAAGGAAAUUCUAUAGAGGAUGUGUUACGGAAACAGAUUGAGAAAAAGGAGUUCUAUCAAGAUAGAGACGGUGGUGGUAUGCCCCCACCUGGUGGUGGUGGAGGUGGUGGUGGUCCAGAUUUCUCUGGUGGUUCAGAGGAUGAAGGUUUUUUUGGAAUCUUGGAUGAAACUCUGCAAGUUGUUUUGGCAACGCUUGGCUUCAUUUUUCUGUACAUUUACAUCAUCAAUGGUGAGGAGUUGAUCAAGCUGGCAAAGGACUACAUCAAGUACAUCUUUAAAGGAACUGAGAGUAUUCGUUUGAAGCGAGUCCUGAACAAAUGGAGAAGGUUCUUCAGGAAGCUAACUGAGAAAAAAGUAUAUGAUAAGUAUUGGUUGGAAAGGGAAAUCAUCAACACCCCAACCUGGUGGGAUAGUCCUGAAAAGUAUCGGCGCUUACUUAGAGAUGACUCAGAAACAAAAUCGCGUAGGCCUUAUGGGGAAUCAACUUUGUACGACUCUUAUGGAGAAUCAACUUCUUACGAUUCAUAUGAGGAAUCAUAUCAGGAUGGUCGGGAUGAUGACUAUUGAGUUGUGUUUUGAUUGCCUGUGGAAGUUGGCGGUUGAUUUGGUGAAAAUAUUUGUCAUGGCUCGGUUGUUGUAACUAAAAAUUGAGAAUGGAGAUCAACAUCUAAUGUUUUAAACUUUGAUGAAACCAGUAGCAAUUACAACAUAAAAUACGUGGUUUUGUAGGCUGUCUAGUUUAGGGACUUAGUUUGAACUAGCCAGCAAUUUCAUUGGUUUGUCAUACAAUGAAGUAUAAAUAUAUAUAUAUAUAAAUAUAUAUAUAUAUUUAUAUGGAUGAAGGUUCUAAUGCACUAUCCACCUUUGUUGCCA